AUGCCUGCGAAAUAUUCUCGCAAGACUAGUGGGCGCCGCAAAACAGGCUGUCCAAACUGCCGCCGUCGGCGAAUCAAAUGCGAUGAGAAAGCCCCAUGCAGCUACUGUGUCCGAAGAGGACUGGAAUGCAACCCGCCGGAGUUUAUUGUGCCAGAACGAUGGACAAGAUCUUCGCUUGCACGCGCAGAAGGUGCUGGAUUACUAGACGCCUCGCAGGUGCCAGAAUCAACGUAUGAUGUAUUCCAACAUGCCCAUUUCGUCAUUCAGUCCCCCGCACGGGGCGACCGAGACUCGCCUCACCCUUGCCCCGACAUUUUGAAUGAAGAGACAGCUGGCCUCCUCCGAAUCUACCAACGAGGGAUAGGGAUCUGGAUGGAUAUAUUCGACCAUACCAGGACCUAUCAGAAUGAGGUGGUCCGCUGUUCGCUCUCAUCACCCCUCCUGAUGCAUGCAAUCUGCGCCAUGUCUGCGAAGCAGAUGAGUCUGAUCGAGAAUAAAUUCCUCUGGGAGCCAGUCGCAUCAAGAUUCUAUGGAGGGAGUCUCAGUCUACUGAUCAAAGAACUCGCCGACCCCGGAACCGACCGUGAGCUGCUACUGGCAGCUACUAUCAUACUGGGAAGCUACGAGCUCCUCGCGGAACCUGGAGUUGACUAUCAAAAACAUCUCUAUGGCGCCCGCACUCUAAUCCAGUCCUUCAAAAUUGGAGCCAAGGAGUCUCGAUUUGAGCAGGCCAGCUUCUGGAUCUAUGCACGACAAGAUGUCGCUUUGGCACUGGUGAAUGAGUGCCCAACACUUAUCCUCCCGGAUCAAUGGCCACCACUACCCAAGCAUGCCGAUUCCAGCGAAGAAAUAUUUGGAAAUACCGUUUUGCAGCUACUCGCAAAAGUCAUUGGUCUCAAGUUCAGUCGAAAGGACGGCUUGUGGUCUGGCGAAAGACUUGAGGCCGUGCGGCAGCUUCUUUCGGAGAUCGAGUCACUGUGGUCUCGUAUUCCCCAUCAUAUCCGUGGGAUUCGCAUGAGAAAUGUCGUGGAUGAGAGUGAAGGAAUAUCCCGGAUCUGGUUCUGUGAUCCCGCAGCAGGUAAUUGA